AUGAGUUUACAAAAUGAUCCAAACUGUGUUCAGGAAUUGAUAGAGAAGCUAGAGGAAGCAACAACUUUUAAGAAAAGAGGAAAGGCCACCAAAAGGGUUUUGGACAUUCUAGAUAGUGAACAGAAGUUGAUCAGUUGGAAAUUUAACGAAUGGGAUUAUGCCAAAGACAAAAUAAAGCUACCAUCGAAUGCCAGAGGCUUGUUUACACUCCUUGAUGAACCAAAGAUAGCGGUCAGAGGUUACGACAAGUUUUUCAACAUCAACGAAGUGUAUUCGACGAGGUGGGAAUGGUUAGAACAGAAUACAACUGGUCCUUAUAUUGUUACAGCAAAAGAAAAUGGCUGUAUUAUUUUAAUCUCAGGCCUUGAAGAUGGAACCAUUGUUGUGUGCAGCAAACACUCUACAGGAAACAGGGAAGAUACUACAAAAAAUCAUGCUAUAGCCGGUCAACUGUUUUUGGAAGAACAAUUGAAGCAGUUAAAUUUAACAACAAAAGAUUUAGCACUGAAGCUUUACGAAUUAAAUUUAACAGCGGUUGCAGAAUUUUGUGAUGACGGUUUUGAGGAACAUAUAAUCGAAUACAAAGGUAGGGAUGCAGGUCUUUAUCUUCAUGGUCUUAAUUUGAACAAGCCAAUUUUUGAAACUUACUCAAUUGAAAAAGUUGAAAAUUUUGCUGAUAGUUGGGGUUUCAAAAAAAUCGAUUAUUUCAUUGAAAAAAAUAUUGGUGACCUCAAAUUGAAGCUUGAUGAUUAUUCAAAAAGUGGUUCUUACAAUGGCAAAGAGAUUGAAGGGUUUGUGAUAAGGUGCAAGAAGGCAGAAGAUAGUAGUGAUUAUUUUUUCAAGUUCAAGUUUGAAGAGCCUUACUUAAUGUAUAGACAAUGGAGGGAGGUUACAAAAGAGUACAUUACUCAUAAACAAAGAUCUAGUAUCAAGUUUACCAAGCAUAAGUUCAUUACAAACAAAUAUUUGGAUUUUGUUAUCCCUUUGUUGGAAGAAGAACCUACAGUUGCAAAAGAUUAUAUCUCUGGUUUUGGUAUCAUAAGUUUGAGAAACAGAUUCCUACAGCAUUAUGGAAAAUCAGGACCUGAAAUUUUGAAUCAAGAGCUUCUGGAAGAGCUAGAAGUUUUGAAUUCUUUGGAUGCUUUGAAAAUUGAUGAAAAAACCAAAUUCGUUAUCAUUCCAGUUGCUACGAUUGGUUGUGGUAAAACAACAACAGCUCAAACACUUGUUAAUCUAUUUAAAAACUCUUGGGGUAUUAUCUCAAAUGAUGACAUCCCAAAUGGGAAAUCUGCUAAGGUUGUCUUUGUUAAAAAAGCUCUGGAGAUUUUAUCCACAAAAAAAGUUGUGGUACUCGAUAGAAAUAAUCAUCAAUAUAGAGAAAGACAGCAAAUAUUUGAUGAUUUUGCUGCCUUUAGAGAUGACUAUUUUCCUCAUGAUACAAACGUUCAAUUCAUUUGCUUGAACUUCAUUCCUGAAGACUCUAAUGAUAAAGAGCUUUGGGACACUACUGUCCAAAGAGUGUUUGAAAGAGGUGAUAACCACCAAUCUAUCAAGGCCUCCAGUGAAUCUGCGAAAGUGAAAGGAAUUAUGUCAGGUUUUAUUAAGAGAUUUCAACCAGUUAUAACUGAGAAAGAACCCGACUCAAAAUUCCAUCAAGUUAUAGAUUUGAACCCCAGUGGUCAAAAUUCUUCUUUGACUAAUGCUGAAAAAGUUUUGAGUGAACUUAACCAAAAGUAUCCUAUUCUGGUUACAAAAGUUCCUUCUGUUGAAGAAGUACAAAUUGCUUUCACAUCUGCUCUUGAAUACAAACCUAAUUACAAUAAAGUUAUGAAAAAAUUUGGGAGGCAAUCCAACUCACAGAAUCAUGAAAAAACAAAGUCAAAAGAAAAACAAAGAAAGCCAGUUUUCUUUAGCAUUGAUAUUCCACAAAGACAGAGAAUAAUCUCAGGAAUUGAUGAAUUGAUUCAAAAAAAGGCCCCAUUUCUCAAUAUAGAAAAUAGUUCUUGGUGUUACUUGAAGGAGAAUAAUAGAAUCCAAGGUGAGUUCCAUAUCACCUUAGUGCAUGUCAAUCAAGGAAAAAGAGGCAAUGAACAUGAUAGAAAUGUCUGGGCGAACUACCUUACUAUGUAUGAGAGUUUAGGAUCAAAAUUUGAGUCUGAGGUUUUCGCAGAUAUUUCUUUGAAGAAGUUAAUCUGGAAUAAGAAGAUUGUGACUAUACUGGUGAAUGUUUUACAAAUUUAUCAUAAGGACAAAAUUCUUUCUGGUCUAGGUGUUGCAAAUAAACAUCCUCAUAUCACAGUGGGUUUGGUAUCUAAUGAAGUGAAACCAGUAUAUUCAAACACUCUUGCAGAAGAAGCUAGUUUUGAAACGGGAGAAGGGUUGUUUGAUAACAAUUUGAAUGUAUUACAUUGGGAAGAUGAGUUUGUUCUAAAAAAAUUGCCCUUAAAAGUCAAGUUUUAA